AUGAAAAAGUUCCCUGAAGUUGUAUUGGCGCAAGUUGGCAUGAGUCAGUAUUGGUUGCGUCUUGGUGUUAUUCCCACUUUGUUUGUCCAUGGUCCAAAUGGUGGUCGGUUACUAGUUUUGUUGUCUGCUUUUAUGGAGAGUAAAGUUGUAGCACGAGAUCUGGGCUUUGUUGAUUUUAACCUCCCACUUAUCGAUGAUAGCUUUAAUUAUAGUGGUAGUAAUACCCAGAAUGAAAAAGACAAGGAUUCAGAAUUAUCAGUUAAGGUACAUGACUCUUAUGAUGAUACAAACGAUGGUCAUACUCCACCGGUUUCCACUGAUCUUGUGACUAUUUUUGACGAUGAUGGUGAUGAUAGGAGUGAUGAACAACCUUUAGUCCAUUGGAAGAGAGGUAGGGACUCUAUUUCUUUAGCCGCUUUGGCAGCUGUUCUGGCUGGUAGGGAAUGUAGUAGUGGUAGGGUUCUCAAGAGGUCUCGUUCCCUUCACUCCGGUGCUUUCCAUUCUUUUGCUAAUAGCCUUUAUGUGGGUCGUCCUUCAGUGUACAUCACUCAACUGAAUGUAAACAGCCCUGCUCGUGAUGCCAAUGCUCCUCACCCAUCCGGUCCUAUUUAUGUUUCUUCUUGGGAGUAUAGGCGGGAGUAA